CUCCCUCCGCAGCAAUGAACCCCUUCAAUUGCUCGGACUGCGGGAAGCAGUUCAAACGAUCCAGCGACCUGACCAAACACCAUCGGACACACACCGGGGAGAGGCCGUUCACCUGCCCUCACUGUGGUAAGGGGUUCAUUGAUUCUUCCAACCUGCAGAGACACCGGCGAAUCCACACCGGGGAGCGGCCGUUCACCUGCUCCCAGUGCGGGGAGGGCUUCACCCAGUCCACGCACCUGAUGAUCCACCAGCGGGUCCACACCGGGGAGAAGCCCUUCACCUGCGCCGAGUGCGGGAAGGGCUUCACGCAGGCCGUUCACCUGGUGACCCACCAGCGGAUGCACUCGGGGGAGAGGCCCUUCACCUGCUCGGAGUGCGGGAAGGGCUUCACCGAGUCCUCGACCUUGCUGAGGCACCAGCGGAUUCACACCGGCGAGAGGCCCUUCAUCUGCUCCGAGUGCGGGAAGGGCUUCAUUUGGUCGUCCAACCUGCUGACCCACCAGCGGAUCCACACGGGCGAGAGGCCGUUCAGCUGCUCCGAGUGCGGGAAGGGCUUCAUCCGGUCGUCCAACCUGCAGAGACACCAGCGAGUCCACACCGGGGAGCGGCCGUUCAUCUGCUCCCAGUGCGGGGAGGGCUUCACCCAGUCCACGCACCUGAUGAUCCACCAGCGGGUCCACACCCUCGAGAAGCCGUUCACCUGCGCCGAGUGCGGGAAGGGCUUCAUCCAGGCCGUUCACCUGAUGACCCACCAGCGGAUUCACACCGGGGAGAGGCCCUUCACCUGCUUGGAGUGCCUGAAGGGGUUCACAGAGCUGUCAACCCUGCUGAGACACCGGCGGAUUCACACUGGAGAGAGGCCCUAUACCUGCUUAGAGUGCGGGAAGGGCUUCACCGAGUCCUCGACCUUGCUGAGGCACCAGCGGAUUCACACCGGCGAGAGGCCCUUCAUCUGCUCCGAGUGCGGGAAGGGCUUCAUUCGCUCCUUCAACCUGGAGAUCCACCAGCGGAUCCACACCGGGGAGAAGCCGUUCACCUGCUCCGACUGUGGGAAAGGGUUCACUCACUCAUCCAACCUGCUGCGGCACCAGCGUUAAGGAAGCUGGGUGCGGAAUAUUUCAACCUGACGGCGGGGUGGAAAGAACUGGAUUCAGUGGCUUGUUGCGGUCCCUGGGUUCAGUUGGGACCGGAUUCUGCUGAUGUUCACCCCGUAACUGGGCUAGAACACAGCAUUCUGGAUUGACAGUGUUGUUCACUCAAGUCACGAACUCCUCCGACAAAUAUUGAGAGCCCUCCGUUGGUAAAUGUUGUGUUGUAGUUGAUAUGAUACGGAGAGCAAGCGGUUACCCGGGCAACCAGCCCACCCCCCCACGCAGCUGGUGAAUCCAAAGGAAUGGCAGAGACUGAUACGGUUUGGCACCAGCAGCGUGGCAGGAAUUGCCAGUCAGCGUUGAACUCAACAUGGAACUGCUUCAGGGGCUCCACUCCGGGUUUCCCCCCUGGGGUUUACUCCUGAAGCCCUCCCCGUACCGUAAGUGGGUAGGCCGCAAGGCAGCGGGGGUGUGAGAUCAGAGAUCAGAGUUUUCCCCCUCCUCGGUGAGCUGCCAACCACGGCUGACGAGCACCCCCCCCCCGAAGUGACUGGUUUUAAGGUGCCACUCACCCACCUUUGCCCCUCCUGUCGAUGGAACUCAGACCCGAAGGCCGGGAGCUGGACUUGGCUGUCAGAGACUCACACACCAUUGAGAGCAUCCAAUACGCGGUGGGAGUUUAUCCCCACCACGCCCUGCCCUGGCUGUGAUCACCGGGAGGGACCUGACAAAUCCUAUUCUGUGUAGUCUGUAGCUGUACAAAGCCAGGUGACUGCUCCCUGGCUCGUGUAUUCUUCCUGUCCUGUCUUAGAUGCGUUUACCUCAAUAUAUCGUUCGUGUUCACCUCCACUUCUUGUUGGAAGUUUUCUCUUAAGUCCUGAGACCCAGUGGGUACUGUGACAGGCCCUUCGGCCCAAUGUGUUAAUGCUAACCUUUUUCCCCCACCUACACUGAUCCCGCUCAUGCCCUGCCCCUCGCUACCACCUCCUCCUGCGUCAGCGAGUCGUAGUUAUCAGCCACUCUUCCCCCUCAAUUCCCCUUGCAAAACUCCUCCCCCCCCCACCCUCACCUUAAACCUCCGCCCACUUGUCCUCGGUGCCACCACCAGGGGCAUCGAGGGUGAUGGGGAGGCGGCGGGAGAAAGGGAGGGAACGCUGAAUCACGGCCCCUCCCGGGAAAGAAAGGACAACGUGCGUUGAUGUAGCACUGGCCACCUUCCCGCAGGGCUGUAGGGCCGUUGUAUUCUGGUCAUUGCUGUAACGUGUGAAAUAGAGCAGCCGGUUACAUUUCUAAUUUAUUAGUUUUAUUUCGAGAGACGGUGCUAAACGGGCCCUCCGAUGUAACCCCAGCCUAAUCACAGGGCUGUACACAACGACCAGUUAACCCGCGAACUCCUGCGUCGUUGCACUGUGGGAGGAAACCCACCCGCGUACAGACCCCUACAGGCGGUGCCGGAAUUGAACGCCGACCGCCAGCGUCCGCCGCGCUGGCUCCUUCACCCCAGGGUGCGUGCGCAGCGAGGUGCCACGGAGAGCGGGGUGAGCGGCGGUCUGUUAGUGGGGGGGAGCAGGGAGGGUCCGGCAUCCCCAGAGAUGGGGAGGGUGUGGGACCUGCA